GGCCACCGGACGCCCUACCGGACACGACCCUCCCUGGAGCUUGGACAACUGCCCACCUCGGACGCUGCACCGGACACUGCCCCCCACAGGGCUGGACACUCCAACGGACACUACUUCCCAGCUCCGGACAUUGCUCCCUCCUCUCCCGGGGCCCUGGACGCUUUUCCCCCUCCCCCCUCCGGGGGCCCAGACACUGAGCCCCCCUCAGCGUCUGGCUAUCGUCCCCUUGCACCCCAGCCCAGGACACUGCCUCCUCCCUGUGCUCUUCUCCCUCCUGCUCCUCCCACCUCAUCUUUCCCCUGCUCGGGUCGGAGCCCCGCCAGUUCCUCCGACCCCCUGCUGCUCGGCCGCGGCUGCCCGCGCCCCCAUCCCCGGCUCCUCGCCCGGAUGCCUCUCCCCGGGGGACUGUGGUGGCUUCUCUGCUGCCGUCGAGGCUUCACUCUUCUGCACCGGGACUACGGGGACGGCGAGCUUAGCGGGGACGGGGACGAGGACGAGGACGAGGAAACCUUUGAGCUACGGACCCCGAGUCCAGCGGGCGGCGGGAGGGGUCCCCUGGAAGUGACACUGACUCAGCCGGUGAGGAGCGGGCCUGUCUCCAACAGGCUGCAGAGCUGGGAGGAAACUUGGAGCCUCAUCCCGGAGAAAGGGCUGCCGGAGGACGACCCAGACAUCGUUGUGAAAGGUUGGCUGUACCGGGAGCCCCGCGGAGGAGGGGCGCGACCCUGGCUGCCCCCGCGCCGAGCCUGGUUUGUGCUCACGCGAGACUCCUUGGAUCAGUUCAGCAGUAGCGGGAAGGGGGCGCGGCGUCUCGGGAGCCUCGUGCUCACCAGCCUGUGCUCGGUGACCGGCCCAGAGCGCAGGCGUAAGGAGACAGGUCUGUGGUCAGUGACUGUGUCUGGUCGGAAACACAGUGUCAGCCUCUGCUCCCCACGCCAGGCAGAGGCUGAGCGCUGGGGGGUGGCAUUGCGGGAAGUGAUUGCCUCCAAGGCACCCCUGGAGACCCCCACCCAGCUACUGCUCAGGGACAUACAGGAAAGUUGCGGGGACCCAGAGGCAGUUGCCCUCAUUUACCUGCGGAACCCGAUUCUGAGACACACUAGUGGAGCCUUGUACGCCCCGCUCCUGCCCCUGCCCUACGGAGUCAGCGCCCCAGGUCCGGGCUAUGCACCCCUGCGCGAGGAGGCGGUGCGGCUGUUCUUGGCGCUGCAGGCGCUGGAGGGGGCGCGGCGCCCCGGGCCCUUGAUGCAGGGUGUGCUCCAAACCUGCCGGGACUUGCCCGCGCUCCGGGAUGAACUCUUCCUGCAGCUGGCUAAGCAGACCUCGGGCCCUGCAGGCCCCCCCGGGCUCCCGGCUACCCAAGACCCUGCGACCCUGCGGUACUGGCAACUCCUCACCUGCAUGAGCUGCACCUUCCGGCCUGGGGGAGCUGUGCGGGGGCACCUCCUGGGGCACUUGGAGAGGACCGAGCAGGCACUCCCGGACUCGGAAUUGGCGGAAUAUGCGCGCUUCAUCCGGAAAGCCCUGGGCCGGACGCGCGGCCGAGAGCUGGUGCCCUCGCUGGCGGAGAUUUCCGCGCUGAGCCAACGGCAGGAGCUGCUGUGUACCGUGCACUGUCCGGGGGCUGGUGCCUGUACUGUGGCCAUCGACUCCCACACCACGGCGGGGGAGGUGGCUCGAGAGCUGGUGGGGCGGCUGGGCUUGGCCCGCAGCCGCAACGCAUUCGCACUGUACGAGCAGCGAGGGACCCAGGAGCGAGCCCUGGCUGGGGGGACCCUCGUGGCCGACGUGCUCACCAGGUUUGAGAACUUGGCCGCGGAGGAAGCUGGGUUGGAGGACUCGCCAGACUCCGGGUGGAGACUAUGUCUGCGUCUUCACGGACCUCUGCACCCUGAGGGGCUGUCCCCAGACGGUCACGAACUGCCUUUCCUCUUUGAGCAGGCUCACGCUCUGCUGCUGCGGGGCCGGCCGCCCCCACCCGACGACAUGGGCCGAGCUGAGGCCAUGGCCGCCUACCUGGCCCUGGCGGCGCAGUGUCCGGGGUUCGGCGCUGCUCGGUAUGACGUUCUGGAGCUGAGCACGGAGCCUGGUGGGGGUGCUCCACAGAAGCUAUGCCUGGGCUUGGGAGCCAAGGCCAUGUCUCUCUCCCGGCCGGGGGAGACAGAGCCCAUCCACAGUGUCAGCUAUGGCCAUGUGGCCGCCUGCCAGCUAAUGGGCCCCCACACUCUGGCCUUGAGGGUGGGAGAGAGCCAGCUCCUCCUGCAGAGCCCCCAGGUGGAAGAGAUCAUGCAGCUGGUGAAUGCCUACUUGGCCAACCCCUCCCCCGAGAGGCCCUGCAGCAGCUCUUCUUGUCCAUGCCAAGACCUGCCAGACACCUCCCCUCCCAGCCAGCACCCGGGCCUGGACGAGCCCCAGGGACAGUCUGGCUGCUUGGGGCAGCUGCAGGACUGAGCCUGCCAAGAGGUCACGACUUCCCUCCUGCCUCCAGCCUGGGCCAGGACUGCUCCGAGAUUUGAGGGAAACAUGGACCCUUUUGGCCCUGCAGGGACAGGGCACAUCCCACACCCAAGGGCUACAAUGGGUGUGGGCAAUUUUCUAGUUUGUUUCUUAAUUUAUUUGUAGAAGAGAAGCAAAAAAAAAAAAAAAAAGUUUCUUAUUUACACAAA